AAAGAAAAACGGUGGACUAGAAACUUCCAAAUCGAACGGCACACAAAAAUCACAACCCGGAAAGGGACCAGCAGCGCAAAGGUGAGCGAGCUUUCCUUCGGAACUCAGAACUCUCGUGCUCACCUCAUCCGUUCGACAAAUCCACACGAAUCCUCUGAUUCAGAGCAGGGUGUUGGCAUUGAUCAGACGCCUGCCAUGGCGGAUCAGUUCGUGGAUUCGGCGAACAAUGUGAUCAUUGAGGAGGUGAACAAGGGCCUGAACCCAGGAAUGGUGGUUCUGCUUGUGGUUGCAAGCUUCCUGCUGCUCUUCUUUGUGGGGAACUAUGCGAUGUAUGUGUAUGCGCAGAAGACGCUCCCGCCAAAGAAGAAGAAGCCGGUGUCGAAGAAGAAGCUGAAGAGGGAAAAGCUGAAGCAGGGGGUCUCUGCGCCGGGAGAGUAAACGGCCAUGCUGCCGAUCCUCCCGUCCAGAGCUCCUAUUCACAUGAUUAUUAAAGAAAAAAAUUUAUAUAUAUAUACCAGCUGGAGCCGUAGUGUUGGAGUAACUUUGUUCUGUAGAUGCUCUGUCUUUAAUGGUACAUCUGUAUUGGAGACUUUAAUGGCCUGAGCCGAGCUAGUAUGCUUCCUGUUUCGUACAA